GUGAGUCUCUGAAGUCCGCCGCGCAGCGACCUCCCGUUGCCUCCCGGUCCUUACGGAGGCCAAGCCGAGAUGGCCGCCGUCGGGGCGUCGGGCGGCUCGACGGAGACGGCGGGCAACGGGGGCGGAGCGCAGGUUUCCUCCUCCUCCACCGCUGCCACCACCACGACGGCUCCAACCUCUUCCUCCACUCCUUCGUCGUCCUCCGCAGCCGCGGGAGCGGCGGCGGCGGCGGCAGCAGCUUCAGCCGCCUCGUCCGUAGCAGGACCACCCCAGCCCGCGGUGGGAGGGAGCGCCGGGCCCGGCUCGGGGGCGGCGAUCUCCGGCGGGGCUGAAACCACGGCAGGAGGAGGCGGCGGCGGCGGCGGCGGCUCCGCCGGUUCCUCGUCGUCGACGUCCUCCGCGUCCGGGGCCGGCGGCGCUCCGGUGUCUUCGGGGGCGUCCGAGUCGUGGUACGUGGCGCUGCUGGGCUUGGCCGAACACUUCCGCACCUCUAGCCCGCCCAAGGUGCGGCUCUGCGUCCACUGCCUCCAGGCCGUGCUGCCCCGCAAGCCCCCCGCUCGGGUCGAAGCCCGCACCCACCUCCAGCUCGGCUCCGUCCUCUACCACCACACGCGCAACGGAGAGCAGGCCCGCGGGCACCUCGAGAAAGCGUGGCUGAUAUCACAACAAAUUCCACAGUUUGAGGAUGUCAAAUUUGAAGCUGCCAGCCUCUUGUCUGAGUUGUACUGUCAAGAGAAUUCUGUUGACACAGCAAAGCCACUGCUGCGUAAAGCCAUCCAGAUUUCACAACAGACUCCUUACUGGCACUGUCGCCUUCUUUUUCAGCUUGCGCAACUUCAUACGCUUGAAAAAGAUUUGGUCUCCGCCUGCGACCUUUUGGGAGUUGGAGCAGAAUAUGCCCGCGUAGUAGGAUCAGAAUAUACAAGAGCACUGUUUCUACUAAGCAAAGGCAUGCUGCUCCUCAUGGAGAGGAAACUGCAGGAGGUGCACCCGCUGCUUACGCUUUGUGGGCAGAUCGUUGAGAACUGGCAGGGGAAUCCCAUCCAGAAAGAGUCAUUGCGCGUCUUCUUCUUGGUACUGCAGGUGACGCAUUACCUGGACGCUGGUCAGGUGAAGAGUGUCAAGCCAUGUCUAAAGCAGCUGCAGCAGUGCAUCCAGACCAUCUCAACUCUUCAUGAUGAUGAGAUCCUGCCCAGCAACCCUGCAGACCUCUUCCAUUGGCUGCCCAAGGAGCACAUGUGUGUGCUGGUUUACCUGGUGACUGUGAUGCAUUCGAUGCAAGCCGGAUAUUUGGAGAAGGCCCAGAAAUACACCGACAAAGCCUUGAUGCAGCUAGAAAAACUCAAAAUGCUUGAUUGCAGCCCUAUCUUAUCAUCUUUCCAAGUCAUCUUGUUGGAACAUAUCAUCAUGUGCCGGCUAGUCACAGGGCACAAAGCUACAGCCCUGCAAGAGAUUUCACAGGUAUGCCAGCUCUGUCAGCAGUCACCCAGGCUCUUUUCUAAUCAUGCUGCCCAGCUACAUGCUCUUCUGGGGCUAUAUUGCAUUUCUGUGAACUGCAUGGACAACGCGGAAGCACAGUUUACCACAGCACUUCGGCUCACCACCCAUCAGGAAUUGUGGGCUUUUAUCGUGACAAACUUGGCAAGCGUCUAUAUCAGGGAAGGAAACCGGCAUCAAGAGCUUUAUAGCUUGUUGGAAAGGAUAAACCCAGACCACAAUUUUCCAGUGAGCUCCCACUGUCUUCGAGCUGCCGCUUUCUACAUCCGAGGGCUGUUCUCCUUCUUUCAAGGAAGGUACAAUGAAGCCAAACGUUUUUUACGAGAGACACUAAAAAUGUCAAAUGCAGAAGAUCUAAACCGAUUAACAGCAUGCUCUCUUGUUCUUCUGGGUCACAUCUUCUAUGUGUUAGGGAAUCACAGGGAGAGUAACAACAUGGUAGUCCCAGCCAUGCAGCUGGCCAGCAAGAUCCCCGACAUGUCUGUACAGUUGUGGUCAUCGGCCCUCCUGAGAGACCUAAACAAAGCCUGUGGGAAUGCCAUCGACGCCCAUGAAGCAGCGCAAAUGCAUCAGAACUUUUCCCAGCAGCUGCUCCAGGAUCACAUUGAGGCCUGUAGCCUCCCAGAGCACAACCUCAUCACUUGGACAGAUGGGCCUCCACCAGUACAGUUUCAGGCACAAAAUGGACCUACCACCAGCCUGGCCAGUCUAUUGUGAACCUACUGUCUUCACUUGGGAAGAAGAUGGAAACCAUUUUGUACACUCGCCUUUUUCUUUUUUUUUUUAACAACAACAAAAGAAAAGGAUGGGUAGCAAACACUUCUCCAAGCCCUCUAGGAGAUGGCAUUGAGGUUACCUUUCCUAGACCCACAAUUUGGCAUGGCCAUUCUGAGCUCUUUUUUAAGGUUGUGUGCGUGUGCGUGUGCGUGUGUGUGUGUGUGUGUGUGUGUGGAUCACCUAGGUUGCAGGGAUGUGUAAUGUAAGUAAACACACAGGGUUGUAAGAGGUAGCCCUUCCUAUUUCUCAGAAUUUGGUAUUACAUGACGUGGAUAAAACAAGGGCCCCUUCAAAUAAGAUUUAUUUAAAAGAGAAAGAAAUCAGCCCAUAUAAUGAAGGUAUAGGGAGGUUGAGAUGGAAUAGAGAAAGCCAUGCCUGCUUCCUUGCUAAUUAAAACUGCCCCUGAAAAUGCCUAUAUUUUUAUGAAGGCUCUGUUGCCCUUUGUAUUAUCCAGGCUGCUAGAUUUGCUUCUUGAGCACACUUGCUCUAAAGUAUCUGUAGUUGGUGUAUCUAAAUAGCAUAGGCCCCAUUCUCUGGCAGGAAAUGUUCUGUCUCUAUUUUAGUGUGUUUCAACCUUAGCGACUCCCAAGAUAUGUGGGCUUCCAUUCCCAGAAUUCGCAGAAGCUAUGCUGGCCAGGGAAUUCUGAGAAUUGAAGUCCAGACAUCAUAAAAUUACUAAGUUUGAUAAACACUGCUCCAUUUGCUUACCUUUCCAUGAAAAAAAAACCUCAGUAAAUCGGUUAAAUAAUGUGGGAGGUGUUUCCUUCCUUACGUCACUUUAGGGAACUUGGGCUCUGCAUUCUUCGGAAUAAUUCUUCAGAUAAUUCAUAUUUGAGCAAAGCUUAUGGUAAUCAGCUGCUGUCAGUGUUUUAAGUGCCUGUUUGGUUCCUUAAAAGGUGCAUGCUUUUUCUCCAGGGUAAUCCUUUGGUUUUUCCUCAAGACACAUUACCCAUCUGGGUAAAAAUCAUGAUUAUUAUUUUUUAAAUACUUUUUGGAAAGCAACUUGACUUCACCUCUUUUCAACUCUUGGAUCUGAAAUAAGGACAAAUGGCGGCUUGGAAAAACAGCUGGCCAGAUCUGGAAUUAUGUGGUUUGUUUGAGAUUAGGCUGUAGCCAGGUCUUCCAAGACUUUUAAUUAGAAUGUAGAGAGUUGUAUCUGGUGCAGAAUUCAGCUUCUGAGAAUCUCGGCAUUCAGGAUCUUUUAAUCUUUUAGCCUCUAAUAGAUGCAAAGAUACCUUUGAAAGGAUAUGGGAGAUAACUUCCCAUAUCCCCGACUCAAAAUGGGAAGCUUAAACAAGUUUUCCAAUGAUUGGGGUAGGAAUUCUGUGCCCUUAGCCUUCCCGUCGUUAGCAAAAUUAUAUAUUAUGCAAAGUACCUAAUUUGGAAUGAUUAUGCAAAACCAUUAUGCAAGUAACUGCAUAAAUCAUAUUACACUAGAAUCCAGCUUUUCCAAUUACUUUUUAAAAUUAUAUUAUUUGAAGGCAGGGACACAACCCUGCUUUAGUGUGGUGUGUGGUGGAUCAAUUUUAAAAGGAGAUAGUUUAUUUUGUUACUAGUUCAAUGAAUUAUUAAUUAUGGAUUUUUUAACAUUAUUUUACCAUCCAAAAGCUAUAACCAAUAUCCCCUAAUCAUGCACUCUUGAUAUUUUCAGGAAUAAUGCAAUCCAGUUCCUUUCUGAAGUAGGUUGAUGUGUAAAAAGCAAAGGUGUUUUCAAUAUGCCGGGAAAGAAAUAGGGGAAGAAAAGUUCAGGAUAAUAGUAACUAAAUAGGUAGCAACUAAAAGAACUGAAAGAGGAAGAGCUGGUAUUCUUAAACUUUAAUGUUGUCUAUUAUUUGGAAUGUAGGUCUGUUUAUAACAUUCCUUAACAGAUCCUGGCAAAAAAGGAAUCCUGCCCUCCCUCUUUUUCCUUUUCCCUUUCCUUCAGAAAAUAGCAACAAAUGCUUAUUAUUUCAUAGACUGAACGUUUACUUAUUCCCGAAGAAAUACAUUGUGUGUGAUUUGCUCCAUGUUUGGGAUCUUUAAAAAAAAAAAAACACCCUGCAAAGGGCCCCUCUCACUUCUAUUUAGGAUUUUUUUUAAAAACCCUCUGGAGUGCCAAAAAUAUAGGCUUGGGUUGGUAGGGAAGGUGGUCGGGAAGCAGUUGGAUCCGUACAGUGAUUUACCUUUUUAAUUGAGUUGACUCUCCCAAUUUUCCCACGGCAUCUUUAAACUAGAUGUAAAUAAGUCAGAAGGCUAGAAGUUUGUUUGUUUUUUUUAAACAAGUCUGGGGUGAAAAUUGAUUUAUUCCUCCAGUUCGUAAUUCAGGGAUGUCUGUUAUCCAUAUUCCUAGGCUCUCUUCUCCAUGUAUAGUUGAGGGACAGAAGCUAUAUAUUUUCCAAUUAACAGAUUCUCCCCCCACCCACCCCGCUUCCUAAGCAGUGUUCAGCCUCUAGAAAAGAAUUACUAAUGCAUACGCAAUCAAAAUUCGUAUUUAGAAAAGACUUCCUUUUCUGCAUAAACCAAAAAGUAAAAAAAUGUUUCUUACCGUAAAGACGCAAGACGUGCGUCCUUACUAACAAACCUGGGCGGACCUAAGAGGCCUGAUCUGAAAUAGCCCCAAUAGAUUGAAUCUAGCUUUCAGGAUGCUAAGGCAGGCUGUCUUUGUUAAAA